GAGAGAGAGAGAGAGAGGGGAGGGAUCUUCACAACGAGGCCGCUGUUUAGGGGGAGCAGCAGCCGCCGAGGAGACGGGAAGCACCGGGUCGGGGGCUCGGAUGCAGAUGUGGAGCGACCUCUUGCCCCGGACUGGCAGCCUUUGGGUUUGAAUGCGUUGGCCGGGAAAAUGCCGGGGUGGAAGAAGAACAUUCCUUCGUGUCUGCAGACUGAGCAAGAAAGAGAUGAAGGACCAUACACCAAAUCUGCAAACUCAGCAAAAGCUUCGGAAGGCACUCUGGUAGUGAGACGACAAAGCAUCCCGGAGGAAUUUAAAGGUCAAACGAUAGUAGAGUUGAUGAAAAAAGAAGGCAGCACCCUGGGGCUCACUGUAUCAGGUGGAAUAGACAAGGAAGGGAAGCCAAAAGUAUCCAACCUUCGACCCGGAGGAAUUGCUGCAAGAAGUGACCAGUUAAAUAUCGGAGACUACAUCAAAUCAGUCAAUGGAAUCAACUUAACAAAGUUCAGGCAUGAUGAAAUCAUCAGCCUCCUAAAGAAUGUUGGUGAGAGAGUGGUCCUUGAGGUGGAAUAUGAACUCCCGCCUGUUUCUGUGCAAGGCUCGGGUGUCAUUCUUAAAACUGUGGAAGUGACUCUUCACAAGGAAGGCAAUACCUUUGGAUUUGUGAUCAGGGGAGGAUCUCAUGAAGACAGGAAUAGAUCUCGCCCUAUUGUAAUCAUGUAUGUCAGAGCUGGAGGACCAGCAGACAGAGAAGGCACGGUGAAGACUGGGGACAGACUGUUGAGUCUUGAUGGGAUUCGGCUGCAUGGAUCAACCCACGCAGAGUCUAUGAGCAUUCUCAAGCAGUGUGGGCAGGAGGCUACAUUAAUAAUUGAGUAUGAUGUCUCUGUAAUGGAUUCAGUGGCAAAUGCUUCUGGACCAUUACUGGUGGAAGUGGCCAAAACUCCUGGUUCCUGUUUGGGUAUUGCUUUAACUACCUCACUUUACUGUAACAAGCAAGUCAUAGUCAUAGACAAAAUAAAGGCUGCCAGCAUUGCAGAUAGAUGUGGAGCUUUACAUGUUGGAGAUCACAUACUCUCAAUUGAUGGCACCAGCAUGGAGUAUUGCACAUUAGCUGAAGCAACUCAGCUCCUAGCCAGUACCUGUGAACAUGUGAAAUUGGAACUGCUUCCUUAUCACCAAACACGACUUGCUCUCAAGGGACCAGAACAUGUCAGGGUUCAGAGGAGCAGCAGGCAACUUACCUGGGAUGCUUAUGGAAGCAACAAGAGCAACUUCCUCACCAACCAACACUAUAACACCUAUCACCCUGACCAGUGCAGGAUGACCGCCUUGAAAUACCAGAAACCUUCUCCUCAAAACAACCUUCCUCUGGUCUCAGCGUCGUUCUCUCCAGCGUCCAUGAGUGCAUACAGCCUGAGCUCCCUGAAUAUGGGGACCCUACCUCGCAAUCUUUAUCCGACAAGUCCACGAGGAACGUUGAUGAGAAGGAAGAUGAAGAAGAAGGAUUACAAGAGUUCUCUGUCUUUAGCCUCCAGUACGGUUGGUUCUGCGGGCCAGAUUGUCCACACUGAGUCAGCAGAAGUAAUCCUAACCAGUGACCCAAUCUUAGGCUUCGGGAUUCAGCUCCAGGGUGGCGUUUUUGCAACUGAGACCUUGUCUUCUCCACCACUGAUUGCAUAUAUCGAACCUGACAGCCCAGCAGAAAGGUGUGGAAUGCUGCAGGUGGGAGACAGGAUUCUGACCAUCAAUGGCAUCCUUACUGAAGACAGCACCCUCGAGGAAACCAACCAGCUACUCCGAGACUCUGCCAUCACCAGCAAAGCCACUCUCGAGCUCGAGUUUGAUGUUGCAGAAUCGGUUGUACCAAGCAGCGGCACAUUCCAUGUGAAGCUACCAAAGAAGAGUGGAGUGGAACUCGGCAUCACCAUAAGUUCACCUGCAAGCAGAAAACCAGGGGAUCCUUUAAUUAUAUCCGGCAUCAAAAAAGGGAGCGUUGCCCACAGGACAGGAACAUUAGAGCUGGGGGACAAACUGCUUGCCAUUGACAACAUCCGCCUGGACAACUGCUCUAUGGAGGAUGCAGUUCAGAUCCUUCAACAAUGCGAAGAGCUUGUGAAACUCAAAAUACGCAAAGACGAAGACAACUCGGAUGAGCAAGAGAGCUCGGGGGCGAUCAUUUAUACUGUAGAGCUAAAACGUUACGGUGGUCCUUUAGGAAUUACUAUCUCAGGCACCGAAGAGCCAUUUGAUCCAAUUGUCAUCUCAAGUCUAACAAAAGGGGGUCUGGCUGAAAGGACUGGUGCCAUUCAUAUUGGAGAUCGUAUCUUGGCUAUAAAUAACAGCAGUUUAAAGGGUAAACCUCUGAGUGAAGCCAUUCAUCUUCUACAGAUGGCAGGAGAGACUGUCACCUUGAAAAUUAAAAAGCAACUCGAUAUGUCGAGUCCAAAAAAGUCCUCUAUUUCAGGCCAGCUGAGUGAGCUGAGUGAUGUGGAAGAUGAGAUUCCCACUGUCCAGAAGCCAGUGAAGCUUUGUGACAUAUUCUCUACCACUAUCCCCAGUGUGGACAGUGCUGUGGAGUCCUGGGAUGGAUCAGGCAUUGACACUGGUUACGGAAGUCAAGGUCCUUCUGGAUAUCAAGCAUCUGGCUACAGCCUUCACGCUCAUGAAUGGAGAAAUGCUAAGCAUAUUGGCAAUCUUUCACCUGUAACCAGGCAGCACAACAACCCUUAUCAUGAUAUAGCAUUGAGCGAUGAUGAAUGGGACAGGCCUACCACCAGUGGCUAUGUGGGCGGACAUGAUGGGUUAGAAGCUGACCAGGAGGAAAAUUUUUGGUCCCAGGCCCUGGAAGAUUUGGAAACCUGUGGCCAGUCUGGAAUCCUGCGAGAAUUGGAGGACCCUAGCUCUUUAAAGGAGAUGGCGAGCAACCAAAACCAACUGAAUUUGAAAAACGUGGCCUUAUUGGCAACAAUCAUGUCUGGAAGUGCCCUGAGCCUGAAUCAGGGCAACAGCCCAACCCACAGGGCACUGGGCAGACAAUCAAGCUUCCACGAGAGAAAUGCAGUCAGACCCCACUACAGUCAGAGCUCCCGCUGCAACACUUUACCACCAGAUGCUGGGAGAACAAAGUCAAUGGCAAUUCGGAAAAUCAAGCAAGAAAUGAAAGAAAUUAUGUCCCCAACACCUGUGGAGUUGCACAAGAUAACGUUGUACAAGGAUUCUGAUAUUGAGGAUUUUGGCUUCAGCGUAUCCGAUGGGUUAUUGGAGAAAGGUGUAUUCGUCAACAAUAUCAGACCGAAUGGCCCAGCUGACCUUGGCGGUAUUAAGCCCUAUGACAGAUUGUUACAGGUAAACCAUGUUCGUACCAGGGACUUUGACUGCUGCCUGGUGGUGCCUCUUAUAGCAGAUUCUGGCAAUAAACUUGAACUGGUCAUCAGCAGAAACCCACUGGCCUUUCAGGAGCUGCACUCUGUAGCUCCCGUAUCCCAGGGAGGAGAAUGGAAUGAGCAGAGCGAAACACAAGGCUUCAGUCAACAAAAGGGAAGACUUGGUAGCACAGAGGCACAGGAAAAUACAAACACAUUGUAGUGCAAGGGAGUAUUCAGUCUGAUUGACUGAGGCAUUGUGGAUUUUCAAUGGUGCUAACUCACUUUAACAUUAUUCAUAUAUGGAAACCCUGAGUCACAUGUCUCACAGGUUACAAUGUACACUGGCUUCAAAAUGAGCAGAAAUCUAGAAACCCCACUGAUAAUGCUAAAGGCUAUCGAUGAUUCUGACCGAACUGUGUAACAGUCAGUUUAUGCAGGGCGUUGAAAUGAAGGUGUUCCCCCCCCCCACCCCCCCCAAACUCACUAACCUAAUGGUACACUUCCCAAGUGUUCACUGUCCUUACUCUAGUAAAGCUGAUAUUUUUAUGAUUAGCAAUGAAUAAUGCUACCAGCUGGUUCCUGGGUAAUAAGAAAAAAGAAUUAUUGCAUAGGUGUGCUGUUUUUAAAAUAUAUAUAUUAAAAAUGGAUGUUGUGGA